GCUUUCGCUAGUGCCUGCGGCCCUGGGCAGCCUAGUACACACGCCCAUGAGUGAGUGGCACCAGAGGUCCCUCUCCGUGUUUAGGAACUUCCUGGGCGUCAGGAACAUGGCGCCCAUCCCUGGGCGGACUCCCCCCCAUCCCCGGGCGCGAAUGGUCCGGGCCGCGUCCGCCGUGCUGCUGCCUGCUCCCUGGUUGCUGGGUUCUGGGUUUCUGGAUGCGCGCGCCGCUCACACGUCGCCUGGGCCGGCUUCACGGGUGCGUCUGUCCGCGCGUGGUGCACCGGUAUGGCCUGGGCUGCCGGGAGUCCGGGGCCCCGGGCAUUCCUGGCCGAAGAUUGACGGGGAUCCCGGAUGCACCGAACGCCUCUGUGCCCUCGCCGAGGGGUCCAGACCUGGUGGGAAGAAGGCGCAGGGAGAGGUACCUGAGGACCCCGAUGCGUACGAGCCAAGAUGCUCAGGGAGCCUCGGAAGCAGGACCUGGCCGGCAGAGCAGACCCACUGUCACCAGGGACUACAGGCAGCAUGAAGACCCCCGUGGAGCUGGCUGUCAGUGGGAUGCAGACCCUCCACCUUCAGCACCGCUGCCGGACUGGCUACCGGGUCAAGGCCAGGCCAUCAUAUGUGGAUGAGAGUCUGUUUGGCAGCCCAGCAGGCACCCGGCCCACCCCACAAGACUUUGAUCCUCCCUGGGUGGAGAAGGCUAACAGAACCAGAGGUGUGGGCAAGGAGGCAUCGAAGGCCUUGGGGGCAAAGGGGAGCUGUGAGACCACCCCCUCAAGGGACAGCACCCUGACCCUCACACCAAGGAAGAAGAACAGAUACAGACUGAUCAGCCACACCCCAUCUUACUGUGAUGAGUCGCUAUUUGGCUCCAGAUCUGAGGGCGCCAGCUUCAAGGCCCCACGGAUGGCGAAGGGGGAUGCCGCAAAACUACGUGCUCUCUUCUGGACACCACCAGCUACCCCUAGGGGCAGCCACUCACCUCGCCCCAGGGAGGCCCCACUGCGAGCCGUUCACCCAGCUGGUCCCUCCAAGACAGAGCCCUGGGUGGCGGCAGACUCCCAGAAAUUAUCCAUGGAUGGGUUACGCUCGUCACACCCCCUGAGGCGGGGACUUUCCCGUUCCCUCACCCACCUGAAUCUCCCCAGCACUGGUCAUCCAGCCACCAGUGCCCCCCACACAAAUAGGCCUCAGGAUCCCAGGCCUUCCACAUCAGGGGUGACCUUCCGGAGCCCCCUAGUGACUUCCAGGGCUCGCUCAGUCAGCAUUUCAGUGCCAGCUACCCCACGGCAAGGUGGGGCCACCCAGAAACCAAAGCCCCCUUGGAAAUGAUACUCUUUCAUCAGGGUUGCCUAUGGGGCCACGGCGAGAGGUGUGACCCCUUGUCAGGGUCCUCUGGGAGGACAUUCAUCACCCAGGGAACCCUAGGUAUUGAAGAAGCCCCAGUAGGGGCAGACAGACAGCAGGGGCGGGCAGAGUGCCUCCCUUUAUCCUGACAAUCUCUACUCGCUUCUUGCCUUUUUCUCCCCUGAUUGCAGAUUUGGGGGCUGCCUUGAAGAUGUCUCACUCCAGCCCUGUCUCAACCACACUCCAAAUUAGUGCCAACCCAGGGGCCCAGCACCUCCCACAUCAUCCAUUGUCUUGCUGCCAAGUGCAAAUAAACAGUGCGAUUGCCAACCUGGAGGUCCCCUCCCCUCCCUUCAAGCCACGCUUCGUGCUCAGGAUUAGUUUCCAACUGAGUCUGAAAGCCUUAGAGGAGUUUUCCCAGGCUGUGUGUGAAGCCUGGGGAACACAAGGGCAACUGGGAGAUUUGUGAGUGAACACUUUCAUCUUAAUAUCGUUCUGUAUUUAUUUUCAUGUACUAAAUAUAUCAGCUCAUCAAAG